UAGCGUCUUGUCACGGUCAAUUUUACCUUCCUCAUUGUCGGUACAGUAACGAGUUCUUAUUCACGAUAACAAAUCAAUGCGCAGUCUCUGGAGAUUGAUGAGCAGGGUUCUCCGAUUUGGGAUAUUUCUAUCCCUCUAUAUAAUUCUUCGGGUUGCAUCGUUUACACCAUCUCGUCGAUUGCGGGGUCUCUCUGACAAAACCAUUGCCGAGCUUGCUCGAAAGCGCUACUCCAGCAAGAAUGGGGACGAGAACGACCCGUUCCCGAUGAAAGGAAGGAUAGCAGUCGUUACCGGUGCAGCCGGUGGAAUCGGCGGUGAACUUUCCAAAACGAUUUUUCGUCUCGGUGGAACCGUGGUGGCUCUCGACCGCAACGUGGCUGGCCUCGAGGAGCUGCAGCGAUCGUUGCAAGAAGAUUGUUUCGAAGACGAAAGCAAGAGCACGAGCAAAAACAGCAACAAUGGAGAUAAAGAUUCAAAGGAUCAGGUCGGAAAUAGUAACAUCGAAGAUGUGCAAAUAAGGUUCGUAAAGAUAAUUACCAAUCAAGAAGAUCUUUCCUCAGUCGCGUGUGCUGCGAAUUUGAUUCUUUCCCGCUUUGAUCGCAUUGAUCUACUGGUAAAUAAUGCUGGGAUAUCUUACGACGCAAAUCGUUCAAAGAGCGCGGUCAGGGUCUCGGCGCAUCAGAAAGAUCUUGCUUUUACGGUGAACUAUCUUUCCCAUUUUCUCCUUACGGAGAAGCUGAUCCCAAUUCUGUCGAAGAAGGGCAGAAUUGUUCACGUUACCUCUACUUAUCACUGGAAAGUGGAUGGAAGCGACUUGGUUCCUUCCAGCGAGGACGGAGUGCCCAUUGCCUACCAUUCCGAUCCCGAAAAACAAAGACCGGGCCAUUUGGGACGAUCCUACGCGAACACAAAACUGGCACAGAUCUGGCACUCUCGUUCGGUCGCCUCUCGGUUGCCGGAAGGCUGUUCGUCCGUCUGUGCCUGUCCCACGUGGGCCGCGACGGGCAUUGCCGGUGAGAAAGGGAGGGCGUUUCUCGGCGAAUACGCAUUUCCGAUCGCCGAUUGCGGGCCCGGAAUCACCAGCGCGGUCAAUGCGAUGCUCCGCACCGACGACGAGCUCGGGGAUGCCCUGAACGACGGAAAAUCCUUUGUCGCCAACACGACCCUGGUCCAGUACAAACUUACGUCCUUGCUACUGACCAAUAAUUUUGUACAGAACACGCUUGGAUGGAGAGAGAACUUAGCCGACAUGUGUGCUGCUUUUCUUCUGGUUUUUCAGAAGUUUGCACACGAGGAUUUCAUAAUACAGAAAACAUCACCAGAAAGUUCGAACGACAAAGAGAAACGCGAAAAGUUCUACCAGUGGAGCAAACACGAGGUGAAGAAUUGGCUGUAGUUAGGAUUCUACAUGCACCCAAGAAUUCGCCCGGGUCAAAGAUGUUUGAUACCAUAUGUUGGUAUAAUUACUGUUGAGGGAUGGCACAGAAUGUAGGUAUUCCUUGCAUCGGAGGAAGGACACCCCAAAAUCUGCAUCACCUUAUGCUUCCUCUCAUCCAAGAACUCAGCAUUACGUCCCUUCUCUGAGUAAACAGUACACGAGAAGAACGGAAGACGAAGCCAUAUAUUUCCAACUAAUAUCUAUUUUCUUUUUUCGUGUUAGUAGUUACUUCGACGUACUUCGUACUACAGUGGUGCGAAGUAUUUACUGGGAGAGAGCUAGAAGUAACUCACAAUAGGGCGAGGAGUGUCGUAGCAUCAUCGUGGUGGGUACUGUGCUCGUACGAGUCAGUCCUCCGCUUCAAAAAUUCUGAAUCGAAAUCGCUUUCGCAGCUUCGUUUUUUGGCUUUUCCAGACUCUCCCGAUCGACUAUUCCGACCAGAAUACGGCGCCUUGUACGUAGCUCAUAACCCAUGUCUGAUUUUUUUUGUGUCAAUCAAAAAUUGAAAAUAUGUUUCUAUUGGAUUUUCUUGAAAUUUACUUUCGUUGAGAACACUCGUGCGGUGGAAGAAGUACAGUGGGGUACCGGUACCAAUAACCAAUAAAAAAAAUA